CAAUGAGUUAGUUAUAAAAUAUCUUUGGCGCUGCUGAACCAGAAUCUUGGGUUUACAGGAGACGUUGAAUAUGGCGAUUCUCCUUUAAGCCCAUUCAAUUUGCUAUUCUCCAGCUUUUCAAGAUUAAUGUCAUACGUUUGGUACUUACCAAAGAAUUGAGUUUGGCUGAGCAACUAACGUUAGUAUCGUAAUGACGUUACUGCCGUUCCGGCCGGUAUGUACUCCACCCCCUUAAAAUCAAAAUACAAAGUUACACGCAACCGAAAAUAAUCGUAUCGUUUUUGAGAAAAUGCCAAAUCCACCUCUUCUGCACCACCAAUAAAAUCACAAAUUACUACCACGCACAGUUCGGCUGAUCCAGCAGCAGAAAAGGUCAUUGAUUUGAUCAUCUUCAACAGUUUAUGAACGCCAUACCUAUCUGUUGUUUCACCCGCGCUACACGGGACGCAAUACUAUUUAAUAUACUUCAGUUUUUGAUUGAACUGCAUUUGGAGGUUGACUCAAUCAAGAUGGACGAAGAGCCAGAGAGAGCCAAGCGUUGGGAGGGAGGUUAUGAGCGAACAUGGGAGAUCUUGAAGGAGGAUGAGUCUGGAUCUCUCAAAGCCACUGUAGAGGAAAUCCUUUUCCAGGCCAAAAGGAAAAGGGUGUUUGAGAGUCAUGGACAAGUUCGGCUUGGGAUGAUGCGCCACCUGUACGUGGUAAUUGACACCUCUAGAACCAUGGAAGACCAGGACCUGAAACCCAAUCGCCUCACCUCUACACUCAAGCUGGUGGAAUAUUUUGUUGAGGAAUACUUUGACCAGAACCCCAUCAGUCAGGUGGGCAUCAUCACCACAAAGAACAAGAGAGCGGAGAAGCUGACUGACCUGGCAGGGAACCCAAAGAAGCACAUUGAUGCCCUGAAGAAGGCAAAGGACUCUACGUGUGGAGGAGAACCCUCUCUAUAUAACUCCCUCAGCCUGGCCAUGCAGACUCUCAAACACAUGCCAGGCCACAGCAGCAGAGAAGUCCUCAUCAUCUUCAGUAGUCUCACCACAUGUGACCCAGCUAACAUCUACGAGCUGGUCAAGACUCUGAAGGCUCUGAAGAUCCGUGUGUCUGUGAUUGGCCUGUCAGCCGAGGUGCGUGUUUGCACGGUGCUCACCAAGGAGACCGGGGGGUCGUACCAUGUGAUCCUGGAUGAGAGCCACUUCAGGGAGCUGCUGAUGUUUCAUGUGAAGCCUCCUCCUGCUACCUCCUCCUCCGAGUGUUCCCUCAUACGCAUGGGUUUCCCGCAGCACACCAUAGCCUCUCUAUCAGACCAGGAUGCCAAGCCGUCUUUCAGCCAGGCCCAUCUGGACAGCACUAGUGGUGGUCCCGGUCUGUCUAUGGGAGGGUACUUCUGUCCACAGUGCCAGGCCAAGUACACUGAGCUACCUGUCGAGUGUAAAGUCUGUGGGCUGACACUGGUCUCCGCUCCUCACCUGGCCCGCUCCUUCCACCACCUCUUCCCCCUGGAGGCCUUCCAGGAGAGUCCUCUGCUGCUGCACCACACAGAGAGGUUCUGUGAAGCCUGCCAGGGGGAGCUGAAAGACAAGAGUGUGUUCACAUGUCCGUCGUGCAACAGUGUGUUCUGCGUGGAGUGUGACCUGUUCAUUCAUGACACGCUGCACUGCUGCCCCUCUUGCAUCCACAGCCGCAGUGCCCCCUGAGAUGCUCUGGUCAAAAGUAGAGGACUAUGUAGGACUUAUAGGAAACCUCAAGACAAGUGCCAAUAUACCUGCACACACUUUAAAGAUGUUUACUAAUUUGGAGGGCCUUCAGUGCUUUGGGCCCUUACAGAAUUUACCUCUGGAGUUGUGUUGCUAGGAAAUUUGGAAUUGACUUUGGCCGUAUUGCUUGGAGUUGACUUUGGAGUUGUUCUGUAUCCAGGCUGACAUCUAAAGCUAGAGGACUGACUUUACCUCAAUGAUGGUUGGAUUGAGAUGGAACUGCUGAAACUCUGAGCAUCGAUAUCACCGGUUGGCUAGUGCCGGUUGGCUAGUGCCAGAUGGCCCUGGCAGCAGCAUAGAAUGGACCAAACCUUUUCAAUAAACUUCAGCUCUUUUGUAGAGAUCUUAUUGUAUGUUCUCUUUAUUCAUUUAGACUCGUCUGUCUGUCCCUAUCUCUUAGCCAGAGCCUUCAAAUAAAUUACAGAGUUUUACAAUCAAUAUUUUUCAUUUCAGUAUUUUAACAAAAUACAAAUUCUUGUCAACAUUUUGUCAACACAAGUGAGGCAACAAAUGCAAUAGAAGGAGCCUCCUCUGAGAUGCAGGACUGGGCUGUUUCUCCUGGGAACAGUAACCAAGGUAACGCUUAUGUGGAGAAUCUAAUGGUGGUUAUGAUCCCCUAAAGUGGGAACAACCAUUAUAUAUAUA